CUCACGUUGAAAACAAAGACAUCUUUCCGAAGCUUCUUAUUACUGUUCCAAAUCGUCGUCAAUGGUUCUUAAAAACCUUUGAUCUUUGUGUUCGACAAACAAAUCCGUCGAGCACACUCUUGGUCAACGGAUUUUGAAAGCGAAUCUGUUAUAAAUCCGGUGAGUUUUUUUUUUAAUUUUUUUCUUCCGUUGAUUCCUCUGUCUCAUUUCUGGAAAAUUUUCACCUGGGGUUUGCUCGAAUUUUUCGUUAAUGGUCUUCGAGAUUUAGUCAACGAUCUGGGUUCGAUCAAAGUCUGAGUCUUUUUGUUAUAUUCCGGCUGAAGAGAUACAUACUUUUUGAUGAUCCCACGAGUAAGUCUCGCAAAAUCUGAUCUGGGUAUGCUUAAUCUGCCACAUUGUUGGGGUGGAGCUCUGGAUUUGGUCGUAUCAUGAAAAGUUAUCCCUUUGGAUCGAGUAAGGCAUUUCAUGCGUACUCUAGAAGUAGUGGUGAUUUCGAUUUAGAAUCAGGAACCAUCAGAAAAUCUAGAAAGCCUAAGAAUUCGUUUGCCAAAAUGAUCAAAUCUCUCGGGAAUCGUCUUCACCACAUGUUCAAACUGCAUCCUGUUCUCGUUUUCAUUGUUUGCGUCUCGUUUGGGAUCACUGUUCUGAUACUUGUAUCGUCAGUUUACGAGAGACAUAUUGGUUCAACGGUUAAUUAUUAUAAGAAGAAGGAUUUGGAUGGCGAUGAUUAUCCAUUUGUUAAUCUGAAGAACCUUGUGAUGGUGGCUGGACAUUCAGUUUAUACCAGUAGUAAUUGCGGUAAAGUUGAUAAGGAGGAUUCAUGGUUCUUGGAGUCUUAUCAGAAGAAUCCUGGUCAGGCUGCAACGUUCUUGAGUCAUAUACAAGAAGGUGUUGAAGCUGCAGGGAAAGAUGAUGACUCUUUGCUUUUAUUCAGUGGAGGAGAGACUCGUAAAGAUGCAGGACCUCGUAGUGAAGCUCAGAGUUAUUGGGCUGUCGCUGAAUCUAAAGGAUGGUUUGGCAAGGAUGAAGUGAGGUCGAGGGCAUUGACGGAAGAACAUGCCAGAGACAGCUUUGAGAAUCUUCUCUUUAGUGUUUGUCGAUUCAGAGAGCUCACAGGGUCUUACCCACAUAACAUAACAGUAGUAAGUUAUGAUUUUAAGGAGGAGAGAUUUGCACAUUUGCAUCGUUCAGCAAUGGGAUUUCCGGAAUCAAGAUUCUUCUACUUAGGAACUCCGGCUUCUCUAUCAUCCAAGGAAGGUGCUCUUAAAGGCGAAGCUAUGGUUAGAUCUCAGUUUCAAGAAGAUCCAUACGGGUGUGUUGGUUCACUUUGGCGUAAGAAGCUGAAGCGUGACCCUUUCCACAGGACUAUACCUUACCCUAGUGGCUGCCCUGAAAUCGCAGGAUUGUUCAAGUACUGCGGUUCAUCUCCUUUUCCUGGCUCUCUCCCAUGGGAUUGAUCUUUGUAAGAUCUAUAGUUCUAUACUUUUCUAGACUUGCUUCGAGGAACUAAUACUUGGUCAAAGAGCUUGUUGGUAGGAGUUUUUUUUUGUUUUGUUUCUGUUACUUUCCAUAAAUAUUUAGAUUAUACAGAGAAGCCUCAGAAUCUUUGUACAAUUCUGCUUUCAUGUGUUGUCACUUGUCAGAACCAGAGAAUUUUACUUGUAUCAAUUGUGAUUUACGUUAAAUAAAAUUUUGACA